UCUGUACCAGAGUUUACUCAGAGAUCAGAUUGGGAUCAAGAAAUAAAACGUCUAAAUUGUAAUUUAGGCUGGAGAGUUACUGAUGUUAAUACUAACUUCGUUAUGAGCACAAGUUUACCAGAAUAUUUUAUUGUUCCGUCACAAUGUUUAAAUAAUGAUUUAGAACAAGUUGCUGCUCAAUUUCCUGGUGGAAGAUUACCUGUUUGGUGUUUCACCUAUAAAAAUGGUAUUAGUUUAUGUAGAAUGUCUCAGUUACAACAAGAGUCAGAAUUUAAAAUAUAUGAAGUCAGAAUGAUAAGUGCAAUAAAACAGUCAGGUACGAGUAAAAAUGAGCCAGAAAUUAUAGAUUUAUCUCGAUGCUGUCCAACAAUACGUGAUAUUCAACAGAGUUAUGAGAAAUUAAAAGAGUUAUGUAUGACAGUGUCAUUGAAAGAGUUUGAGAUCAAUGAUUUAUCAUGGUAUGGUAAUCUAGAGAGUACGCAAUGGUUAAUUAUUAUAGCUAAAUGUUUACAAACCACGGACGAAGUUAUUAAGUUGAUGGUAAAGAAACAAACAGAUGUGGUGCUUAAAGAGAAAAGUUUAGACAUAUCUUGUGUGAUAUCAAGUUUAGUUCAAAUUUGUCUGGACCCAUUUUUUCGAACCAUGAAUGGCUUCCAACAGUUGAUUCAGAGAGAAUGGGUAGCAAUGGGUCAUCCGUUUCAACUGAGACAUAAGUUUGUGGCAUCUAAUGAAAUGGAGCAGGUAGCUCCAGUGUUCCUGAUAUUCUUAGACUGUGUCUGGCAACUGAUGAACCAAUUUCCUUCCUACUUCGCCUUUACAGAGACUUAUUUAACCACGCUAUGGGACAGUGUUCAUUUAGGACUCUUCAAAACAUUCCUUUUUGAUAACCUUCAUCAACAGAGAAAGUUUCUACGUGAAGGUCGAAAACUACGCCAUAUUAAUUUACCGUCAGUGUGGAACUGGUCUACCCAAUUUAAUGAUAGUGAUAUGAAACUUUUUAAUAACCCUUUAUAUAAUAUUAAAACGUUAUCAAUUCCUGUAGAAGGGCAGAAUGGUGUGACUUUGGCGCCACCAGAGUCCGUGCUACGAGACAAUAUAUAUAGACGACAGUUACAUGGUUUAUACAAGGCAGAUAUACCAUUGUUUGCAAAGACUGAGGAGACAAUCCGACCACAAUAUACGGCAGCCAUGAUUAAACUAUGGAAUCAAUGUUAUUUAAGGUGGAACGUCCCGGCAGAAAUUAUUGGUGGCGGCAAUCCAUCACAAUACCUACAGCAAUGUCUGUUAGUCGAAGAGAUCAUUUAUCUACAAGAUACAGUUUUAAGACUGGAGAAAAAACAGUCGCGUAAAAUGCGACCAAAAAGUGACCUUAUUUUUAGUUAUGAUGAACCCCAAUCUCCAUCAUUCCUGGAUUCUACUUUCCUUACUUCUUCCUUUCCGUUCUCCCCAACUGCAUCCUCCAAAUCAUCAAUGAAUUGUCCCCCUUUGUCCAGUUAUUUACAAUAUAGCACUAUAGAAUAUGAUUAUACAGACGCCGUUGAAUAA